AUGGCAACUGAUUUUGUCGUGGGUGAUGACAAGGGUUGGACUCUUGAUUUCAACUACACAGCGUGGGCAGAGGGCAAAGUUUUCCGCGUCGGCGACAACCUUCUGUUCAACUACGACAAAGCCAGCCACAACGUGCUGAAAGUGAACGGAACACAGUUCCAGGGGUGCAAUUUCACGGCGGAUAACGACUUACUCUCCAGCGGAAAGGACAGCAUCACGCUGAAAGCCGAAGGGAGGAAGUGGUACAUUUGCGGCAAAGGCAACCACUGCGCCAACCAUCAAAUGAAGCUCGUCAUCAAUGUCGAAGCUGCGGCUCCCACAUCCGCACCCGCACCCACUUCUUCUGCUCCUUCUCGCAUCGCUUCACUCUCUGGGGCACUCAUUGUUGCCAUAGCAGCCAUCUUUGGCUGA